ACAUAAAAGUUUAAAAUAAUGUAGAUCAAGAUGGCGUGUUGAUUGUUGUGAAUAAAAUACAAAAUGGUGGUUGCUUAAGUUACAAUUAUGAGGAUUUAUAUUGAGCUAAAAUAAUUCCUUGUCUUCUGUUAUGUUAUUUUAAAUUGAUUCGUAAAAGGUUCAAAUGAAAUUAGGCUAACAGCUUGUUUCGGUUAUUCUAUAAAAUGCUACGGAUUGGGAUUCAAGGAACAAUAACAAAGUGAAUGCAAUUUCAUGUAAAUGCAGGAGUCGUGCGCAGGUGCAAAUUUACCAAGACGAGUUGGCGUAGCAGAGCACUUAAUCCACUUUAAAUCGUCUCCUAAUUUUAAAAACAUGAAGAAGUUUAUAAGGUCGAAGAUGGAUCGCAAUGAAAUAUCUGAUGUGGCUCGGGCACCACCUCCCCCGCCGCCAGACAUAUAUCCAGAGAAGAAGACAGAUGUUCAACCGCCCUUGCCGCCCGUGCCGCCUCCUCCAGACUCACCUUGGAAUGUUUCCGUGAAACAAGAAGUCGUGGACCAUGAAUAUAUAGGAGCGUAUGGGCCCUAUGAUGGUGGCAAAAAACCGUCUCAAGACCAACCGCAACGGGAGGACGUAAAGCCCCGCGCGACCAUCUGCCGUGAUUACGUCCGUGGGACAUGCAAAAGAAUUGGCACGUGCAGGUACGCGCACAAGUUUGAUAUCUCCCAGCUGGUCGGUGUGUAUACAUUCUGCCGCGACUUCCAAACGAAAGUCUGCAAGCAUGCGAAUUGCAAAUAUGUGCAUGCCGAUGUAUUUGAGGAGCAAAACUUUUACCGAACAGGUUAUUUGCCUCCGCACGCGUUCUCUCAUAAAAGAACUACUAGUAGUCAAUCGUCAGAAGCAAAUUCCAUGAGUUCUUCGACAUCCGCUGCCGUGCAGCCGCCGCCGCCGCCCCCGCCGCUGCCUCCGCCGCCACCGCCGCCGCCCGAGGAACCGGUCCCCGAGGUUUCGUUUAAGAAGCCUAUGACACCACUCCCUAAAGUGAUAAAGCAAGCCUUCAUGCCUAUGAGGAGUCUCGAAGAGUCAUACUUGGAUCUGUUAUCAUCGCACCCACUAAAGCGGACAUGGUCCUCGAUAGAAUCUAGCUCUCUGUUGGAUCAUGAUAUGUGCGACUUUCCAAAGAAGUGCAAACAUUGUGAUAUUAUGGAAUUCCGUCUGCAGCACAGCAGGAACAAGCUGCAGAAGAUGAUCUUGAACACAGAGGCUUUGGGUGUAAAAAUUGCUCACAUCGAUAAGAGGAAUGCUAAGCUUGAGUCUAUAAUUAUGAAGUUAUUGACAUCUUCUUCAACCCCAACCUCCCCUAAACCAUACGCCCCUUCCCCUUUCAAUAGGCAGUAUAACCGAGAAUUCACCCAACUUGAACAAUUAUCGGCACUGUUGGACAAACGUUUGGAGUUUUUAGGUAAAACUUAAUUUCUUGAAUUUGUUUUAUUUUAUUUUUUAUAAGCGUGCAUAGCUAUUGAUUUGCGAUUUGUUUUUUUUGUUUAUUUCUUUUCUGUGUGUGUGAUCAUCAUCCUGGUUUCUAAUUCCAUCUUGUGGAAAGUUGUUUAAGACAAAAAAUUAUCAUUGAUUUUUUAAAUUGAAUUACUAUUUUAUUAUUUGUAAUUCUCAUAUUGCUUAACAUAUGAAAAAUACAAGUCAUAAUAUUUUUGCUACCCCAAAGCAAUUUUUUUCAUAUUAAGGUAAACAUUAUAUUGAUCAAGUGUUGUUGGAAAUAAUAUGUUGCUGCAGCUCAGGUGCAAACAUUCCAACAUUUGUUCUUAACACUGCAAUGCACAGUUCCCGGUGACAUAUUUGAUAGCAAAUCUGAAACAAUUUGAUGUUUAACAAAUGUCUACCAUUAAUACACAGCUUUACUCUUAAAAUGCAUUCCCACAAGGUGGAAUUUCAAAGAAAUUUUAUCAAUUCCCUCUCACCAAUGCUCCUCAUCACCACCAGUAAUACCAACAGUCCUCUCAAUAUCCACAUAACUAACACCAAGUCUAGCAUAGCCCUCACUGCUCCUCCCUCAUUUUCAAAUUAUCCUCAUUCACGAGCCGGUCUCAUGCGAAAAUUACCAUCCAAGCAAGCUUUUGCAACUGUCAUAUACAAACUGUGUAGCAAUUUUUACAACCAUCUAUAUCGUUGUUUGGAAAAUAUAAUGAUCGCUUCAAAUAAAACUGAACAGCGGGAUAUGCAAUGAGAAUGCCAUAAAAAUAUAGGUUCUUGAAACCGUAUCUUAUAUUUUUCGAGCGCCUAUGCAAAAAAGUUCUAGUAUAGACGUAAUUAAUGUAAGCUUCAUUGUAUCAUCUAUAAUUCAUGUCAUUACAUUGUAGCAUAAGUGCGAAAAUAGUAGAAUAAGAGAACUUGUAUUAUUACACCAAUCGAUACUGUCAUUAAUAAGACAAUGUUUUAUCUAUUGACAUUACACAGCUAUCAAUGAGACUUGUUUGCUUUUUCUGAAAGAAUAUGGCUAUGUGUGCUGUGUUGUAUUGAACUGAAAAUUUAACAGCAUUGCCUUCCAAUCAGGGAUGGUAGUCUACCUAUGAAUUCACUACAUUGUACUGAAUUUACUGUGACCGAAAUAAAUGACUUUAAACUUCACUCGCCACAUCACAGCACUCAUAGGUUUGAUGUGAGUUACCAUCUAUUUAUAUCUAUAUAUUCGUUCAUGAUGAAACGUGGCAAUAAUUUUUCGAUGAUUCAUUUAUACCUAUAUACCUUGUUUUUUUAAAUUGCUUAAUUCAAUUUAAAGUGGGAGCUAUGAGUUAAUCGGUCAGUAUGAAUCUUUUUUCCAUGAGAAAAAUCAAAUUAUUUAUUUGGUCUUAUGCUAUUUUUAAGGGUCGCAUUUUAAUGUGUUUAAUUAUCACCUGCUAGUCUUUAUUUUUGACUUUUGGAAUUCGUAUUUUAAAUAAAUAAUUAAUUAUUUAAGCAGUAAACAAAUCAUUAUCAUAUUUAUAACGAUAUUAAGACACAAAACAAUAUUUUAAUUUAUUUUAUUAAGUUGAAAUAUUGAUUUCAGAGAGAUAAGCGGUCAUAGAGUUUACAUUUUUUUUCAUUGUUCUAGCCAUUUUAUAGUAACAGUAAAACACACUUAAAGAUUUUUUUCAUUGCAUAAUACAAACAAAAAGUAAAAUUGACAAAUUUAAUUAAACAAGGUAUAUAGUACAAUGAGCUUCGAAAAUAAUAUGGGAAUAGAAAACUGCGAUUGAAGUCUCUUUGAUAUUUCUUAAUUACAUAUAUAUUUAUUGAAC